GACGCCAACUGGGAGAAGUAUGUGUUUGUACAGAAAACAGUAAAAGAUAACAGAUAAAAAAAAAAAAAAAAUGAGUGAGAGUCACAAAAGCUACUCAAACUUGUGCUUAUGUUUGCGUAUUAUGAUUGUGUUAUAGGGUUAGUGUUGAGGUGUAAGAAAGAGCGGGAGGGAAAGUGAGUGUGACAGAGGGGGGCAAGCAGCUCAUUGUAAGCAGCAGUGAGUUAAUCUCUUUAGCGGCACACGUCUUAUGUAAAGAGGUGUAAUGGUCUCUGCCCCCUCCUUGCCCCAAGGGACCCCAGGGGACACUGGGAUCCCGUAUCCCAGCAACAUUUGCAUGACGGUUAUUCCAAAAAAAGAUAUGAAGGGGGAGGAAAAAACUGGUGAAUGGUGAUAAGAUCCGCCCCCUUUGCAUGGUAGACUCUUGUCUACAGGCAGACUAUAGAGUAUCCAGUGGUUCACUCAAGGACAAACACAUUCUGACUCACCACAGAGAGCAUGCGAAGGAGAUUUGAUUCAGAUUUCACAAACACUGGGUCUGUGGAUUUAUUUGUUUGGAGAGUUUCCCAAAUGGGAAUAAGAAGGAUCUCCACACAAGGCUAUGAGUCCAUCAGACCUUCCUCCAUCAUUAAAAAUCUGUAAUUACACACCUGCCACCACCAAGACCACCACCUGCUUUCUCCAGAUGUCCCAGGAAACAUGGGUAGUGUCAGCAGUUUGAUAUCAGGCCAUAGCCUCCACAGCAAACACUGCAAAUCCUCUGAAAACAAGGUCAAAAAGGGGCUUCAGUCUAAGAAAACAGGCCGUAGCUUGGAUGGCCUUCUGAAGUAUGGCUUCUCUCAGGACCAUUGCAGCACCAACAACAACUCAAAAGUCAGCUAUCAUUCAGGCAAAAAUGACGACUUCUUUUACAUCAAGAGUAUAGAGAAUGCUUUAAUUCGACCCACCGCCUUCAAACCAGUUCCUCCUCGAAGCAGCAGUUCCUCGGUGGAGACUCAUAACAACUUAAGCACUAUCCUGGGCAAGAGAAUUAGUCCUAUAGACAGACUAAAAGAUCUUCAGGACCCCAAGCUGGAGACAAAUUCUGGUACCUUCUCUGACUCUGGAAGGAACUCUAUGUCCAGCCUACCCACUCACAGCACCAGUGGCAGCAGCCAGAUGGACAACCUAAGCACUUCAAUUAACCACAUGCCACGCCAUGGAGGCCUUGCCCAAAACAUGGACACAUCUCAGAACCCACAGGGGGUUGUAGCAAGGAUGAAUGGAAACUCUGGAUCCAGUUGGAUGUGUAGUGUUACUAACGGUGGAAAUAGUUGGGCCAAUGGAUUUGGUGAAACAAACAGAAACAGUGAAUCGACAAAUGGCAAUACAAGAUCCAUUGGUGUCCUAAGCGAAAGUGUACCGGCAGCAAUAAGUAUGAACAGAGAAAUAACUGCUGCAGCACUGACUGUUUCAUCCACCGAGCCAAAGAUGGAUUUCUCUGGAAACCAAGAACUGCUUCUGGAACAUAAAUGUACAAUUUCAGAGCAAAGCCCAACAAAACCAUCAUCUUCUGGGGGCUGUGUCCGAUCACCAAUUUCAAUGGAUGAAUCACUGAUACAGCAGCUGGAGCAGAAACUUCUAGAACGUGAAACCGAGCUGGAGGAGUUACAAACGAGCCUUGAUGAGAAGGAGUCAGAUACAUGUCAUCUAUUUGAGGAAAAGCAACGGUACUGUGCUGAGGAGAUGCAGGGGUUGAAACAACGAUGUUCUACAAAACUCCGUCAAGUGUCUCAGAGGGCUUUGAGAGCCCAACAGUUAUUACAGCUUCAGGUGAUACAACUUCAACAGGACAAGGAACGUCUGCAGGAGGAGGUGGACCAGCUUAAUCGUGACCGUGACACUGCAGAAAGCCGUUUCCGAAUCUAUGAGAGUCGGAAAAACCUAGUACCCACUCUAGAAGAGACUCAGUGGGAGGUGUGCCAGAAGUCAGGUGAGAUUUCUCUGCUAAAGCAGCAACUUAGGGACUCUCAGGCCGAUGUUGGAAACAAACUCAGUGAGAUUGUCAGUCUCAAAGCCUCUCUGAAGGAGUCCAGAUGCAAGCUGGCAGAAAUGGAAAAGAAGAUCAAGGAGUACGAGGAAGCACUUCACCAGCGGAGUGCUGAGGUUGAGGUAUCUAAAAAUGAGUUUCAAAGAAAGAAGAAUGAAGCUGAUCUCCUCAGGGAGAAGGUGAACCUGCUGGAAACGGACAUCAAGGGCAUGAAGCAGGACUUAGCAAUGGCCAAAGAGGAGCAACAGCAGUUAAUGACCAUGAGAGCCAAAGUUGAGGAGCAACAGCUGCAACUGCAGAUAAGCCAAGCCCGGAUGGAGGCCUUUGGGACAGGUCAAGCCAAAUCGAAAGCCCAGGAUGGAACAAGUGCCAGUAAAACACUGAAUCAUAAUGGAGGGACUGCAGACUUGAGUGCCCUACAGAAGGAGGUAGAGAGGCUGAGAGGGGAACUGAAGGAAGAGAAGCAAAAGAAACAUAAGAUGAUGAAUAGCUUCCAGCAGGAGAGACAAACGUGGAAUAAAGAGAAAGACAAAGUAAUCAGAUACCAAAAGCAGUUGCAGUACAAUUACCUACAGAUGUACAAAAAGAACAAGGACCUGGAGAAGAUUCUGAGGGAGCUAACGGCCGAGAUGGACAGUCGGACAGAGAUGGAUAUGGACAGCCAUAGCUCUGACCUGAACUUUGAAAAAAUUGUAGCCACAGAGAUAUGAGGUUAGAGGAUAGAGGUUUACACAAUUAACCGAAUGGUCUUAAAAGGGUGAAUGUACUAGUGGGCGGAACUCACAAAGCAAAAUUUAAAGGGAAGAAACAUGAUGUCACAGGAGAUUUUAAGAUGUCAGGAAAGUAUAGCAAAACUCAAGCGUAUAGCAUCACUUGCAACCCUCUACAUUGCGAGUAAAUCACUCGCAUAUGUGACUAAAUCUUCACUCUGAGUGACUAAAUGAUGUCUAAUAUUAGCCACUGGCUAAUAUUACCGUCACUUUGUCUCACACACACACAAAGAGAGCGAGAGAGUCUUGCAUACCAUGCAGAAUUGAUGCGCUACAUGUAAACGAUACACUUUGCUGUAUUUUCCAGUCAAAAUAACAGUUUCUUUGGAUUUUUUCAGCUUUUAAGAACUGCCAGGUUUUCCGGUAGUAUGCGGAACUAAUGCGCAAACGGCAAUCUCAUUGGCUGGUGCUCACCUAUUUGAUUUGAUUUCAGCGAAUCAGUUCAAGCGAACACACACAACCUGAUUAAUAUUCAUGAAUCCAGCAGCUCUUUAAACUUUAUACUGUUCUUAUUAGUAGAAUUCUAAGUGGUAUUAUUAUUAAUUAUUAUUAUUAUUAACACAGGCACAUGCAUAUAUGGUAUAUCAGUCUGGCAAAUAAACUAAAAAAAUUUACUAGCCAAUGGCGAUUCAAUUACCAAGGUGUCCAUAGAGGGUUGACUUGUACAUACAGUACCACCAAAAUCUUUUCUCCUUUUAGAUCUACCACUUAACUUAAAAACUUGGGAUGUCAUCUAUGUGCAUUUCUGAAUAAGUUCCUAUUAAAGGUACAGUAAGCAAUUUUGUUUAUUAGAAUUACACUCUCACUUGAGAUAUCUCGCUGAAGUAACCAUCACAUCUGUCUCUGUGGGCAGCUGUGAAUUCCGUAAACUCCAAAUAACUGACCACAGUCAGAUUCUUUGUUUAGCCAUUUAAGCAUUUUCUGCCUGUCAGUCAUUUUGUGCAUUCAUAGGGCAGCCAGUGAAUAGGAAGCAGGUGUCUUGGAGUGUGGCAGUUGAGACUUGAAUAAUUGAACUUAAAUAAUUCCAAUUAAGAACCAUAUUAAGUUUCAUAAGCAGUUGACAGUUGUUGGUUCGUCAUGCAAGGAUACCAUUUUGUUAGCAUUCAGCUUGGCAACAAUGAGAUACGCUACUGUUUUCCUGCUAAUCUCUGAUAACAAUUGUAAGGGUUAUGGAAAGUGUGUGCAAGUCUUAUUUAGAGAUUAUUUUUGCAGAAGUUUCAGAAUGGCUAACAUUGCUUACAGCACCUUUAAUCUGUGAACAUCCAACCAAAUGUGACCCUGGAGCACAAAACUAGUCUUAAGUCACUUGGGUAUUUAAGCAAUAUCAAAAAAAAAAAAAAUAAUAAUAAUUUAAAAACCU